UUCAGGCUUUUCAUCAUGCUAAAAUAUUUUCCUAUAGAGUCAAAAGGGAGGCAACAAAAGCUGAGAGAAGUCGGCAGAGUUGCCACCAUAUGUUUCUGUUGUUUCUCGGCACGAUGCAUAAUGAUGUGCUUCAAUGCAUUUGACGAGGAAGCUGACCUCGAUGUUCUUGACCAUCCAGUUCUGAAUUUGUUCUAUUACCUGCUUGUGGAGAUUCUCCCUUCAUCUCUUGUCCUAUACAUUCUAAGGAGGAUUCCUACAAAGCUACGACUAUCCCAGUAUCACCCCGUCAGCAGCAGCUAGAGACGAGGCAUUACCAUCUGCUGAGCCAAAAAUGGUGACUGCUGUCAAGCUAUGAAAAAUCAACUGCAACGCCCUCUAUAUAAUAUUUGUAUUGGUAGCCUCUCUGCAAAAU